CUUGCGAGUCCGUGAUUCCUUCUCUCCCUGUUGUCAAACGAACACUUGGAACCAGUGGAGACUUAAGGUCACGACCGGCAGCAUGGAUCCAGACGCGAACGUCAAAUGCAAAAUAGUGUUGGUAGGAGACAGUCAGUGUGGGAAAACCGCUCUGUUGAACGUGUUCACCAAAGACUGCUUCCCCGAGUGCUACGUGCCCACAGUGUUUGAGAACUACACCGCCAGCUUCGACCUAGACAUGCAGAAAGUGGAGCUCCGGCUCUGGGACACUUCAGGUUCUCCUUACUAUGACAACGUGCGACCUCUGACCUACCCUGAGGCUGACGCAGUCCUCAUCUGCUUUGACAUCAGCAGACCAGAGACAUUAGACAGUGUUCUUAAGAAGUGGACAGGAGAGAUUGAGGAGUUCUGUCCGAACACCAAGAUGCUGCUGGUGGGGUGUAAGUCAGACCUCCGAACAGAUCUCUUCACCAGAUCCCUCCACAGACAGACUCCAGUAUCAUAUGAUCAGGGUUCCAACACAGCCGAGCAGCUGAGCGCCCCCUACCUGGAGUGUUCCUCUCUGCAGUCUGAGAACAGCAUCAGAGACAUCUUCCACGUGGCCACGUUGGCCUGCGUCAACAAGGACAACAAGACUGUAAAGAGGAGGAAGUCCUCCAGAGCCACGAAGAGGAUGUCUCACCAUGACGGAAACAUGCCCACGGAAGUAACAACAUGCUAUCAGCAGAGCAAAGCUAAGAGCUGUGCUGUCAUGUAAACACAAAAACACACCAGUGAAGACUCCAAACCAAGGACAAGAUGUUCUGAAGGAUCUAUGAGAACAGAACAGAGCAGGUGUGAAGACUGAUUUUGGGCUUGGGAUGAAACUGUGCCAAGCAGACUUAAGGAAGACCCUCAACUGACAGAUAGGAAUCUGAAAUAUGUGCAUACAAAUGCUAAAAGAUGGGCUUGGAACCAUACACAAGCACUGACCCAUAAUUCCACAUCACCUGCAACCUUACACAGCUGUUGAGAACCCAGCGGAAUGUGUUGGUCGGGUGUUGUUGCACCAGAACAGCUGCAGUGUCAUUGCGUGGAAGGAGGAACAGCAUUCCUCCAAAACAUAGUCCCUCAUUAAACGCUUACACGUGGCUUUAAACUGUGUGCCAGCACAUACGAUUCACUUUAUUUCAUUGUUAAAUUCCAUCAAUGAGCCCCGGCGACAAAGACUUCUGGUCAACUGGGCCUGCUCUUCAUUUUAAUACAUGUCACACAGUACAUACAGCGCACACACACACAUUCUUUAUGCUGUUUCAACUAUUUACUUUGCAUUGAUGCCUGACAUUAAUAUGUGUUGUCAGUAUAUAAAACUCAGCCCCCGCUUUGUUCUGAUAUCAGUAUGCAGACCACUUCCAGAUGUUCCAGAUCCAGAUGAGACCCUGCUCCGGAUCACCACAUUUUUACACCAGCUGGACCUUGGAACAGUUACUGGCAGCAAACUGUGUUUUCAAUCUUAUGCUAAAUUUCAAUGUUUUCAACUCUUUUGUAUUGAAUGGUAUUUGAGUGGACGCCAUCACAUGACAGACAAACUGUAUUCUGACAGCAGCAGUUUGAUGGUACCAGGGUUUGAAGUGUACUGUCAACCUUAGCAGUAGAUUAGGAUUAGAUUAGAAAGAUUAGGGGAACUUUUCUUUAUAUGUGUGGAUAUUAAAGGUCCAGUGUGUAGCAUGUAGGGGGAUCUAUUGGCAGAGAUGGAAUAUAACAUUAAUAAGUACGUUUUCAAUAGUGUAUAAUCUCUUUAAAUAGGCACUUGUGUGUUUUCGUUACCUUAGAACGAGCCCUUCGUAUCUACAUAGAGCGGGUCCUUGAGUCUUCACAGAGUCCACCAUGUUUCUACAGCAGCCCAGAGCAGACAAACUCAACUGACUCUAGAGAAAGCUGCUGUUUUCCUACACACAUGGCAGACUAGAGAAGUUUCUGUUGGUUGCAAUCAACCUCACAGCUAGAUAAAACCAGAUCCAACACACUGGCCUAAAGAUGCACAGGUACCACCUUUUUCAGACCAAGUACAAGUACUUACAUUUGUGUACUUGCCAUUAACCGGGUACCGAUAUGAGUACUUAAUAAAAUAAUUACAGUUCUAACAAUAACUUUGAAAACAUGUUGUAUUUUCAGCAGAUGUUCCUAACUUUGUGACUGUAACAAAUUAUACUACAUGCUGCUGUGGCUGACAUAUCAACAUUCUAAAUUGUUUUGCUGAUAUAAACAGAGCAGAGGGGUUUUCAUAAUUAACUGUUUAAGCAUGCUAUCAGGAAAACAGAAAUAUUCAAAUUAGAAACAAACUCAAGAGGAGCAGCUUGCAAGCUCAGCCCACCUUAAAGGCUAACCCCCGUCACGUUGAUCAUCAGCUGGCUGACAAGCUAGACAAUAGGAUUUAGCUAAUGAUGAGCUGUAGCAUUUAUUCAGCCUCAAAUAAA